AAUGUUCCAUACUCGUCCUCAUUUACCCACUUAUCCUUAAAAUCGUGGUAUUCAGUGUCAUCUACUCAAGUUCAUAAUAAAGGAGGGAGUGAAACUAGAAAAGCUAUAGAUCAUUAUAGUUAUGCAAUCAAUGAUGAAAUUGGCAAAGGGUUUAGUAGCCGCGUUUAUAAAGGAAGAGAUGAAAAUACGCUUGAACCAGUAGCAGUUAAAGUAAGAAGUAAUUAAAUAUCAAGGUUAUUGACAUGAAGAUGGUUAAAUAAUCAAUUCAUGCACAACUACUCAAAAAUGAAAUUAAUGCAUUGAAGGCAUUCAAUAGUAAAAAUAUUAUGAAACUUUGCGAUGUUUUUUAAACAUAGAAUAAUACUUAUAUCAUAACUGAGUUUUGUGAUUCGGUAAUUUCUAAUUGUAAUAUGUACUUCAGGGAGAUCUUAACAAUUAUAUCAAGAAGAAGGGUAGAAUAGAUGAAACUGAAGCAAUCCGAAUCUUGCAAUCUGUAGUGAGUGCUGUCAAUGAAAUGAAUUAAAAGGGAUACAUUCAUAGAGACAUAAAGCCAGCAAACAUUCUUAUUGAUAAGAAUCUUCCAAAAUUAGCUGACUUUGGAUUUGCUGUGCCUGCUCAUGAAGCUAGAUUGUAAGGGAAGAAUUUCAAUGUAGGAACUCCACUUUAUAUGUCACCACAAGCAUUGAGAUAACAAGGUCACACUGAAAAAGGAGAUGUUUGGGCUAUUGGUGUUGUAUUCUUUGAAAUGUUAUAUGGUAAUUAAUUUAAAUUAAUUCUUAGGCAGAACACCAUAUAAUGCCUCUUCAGAAGCUGCUUUGAUAUCCAAUAUUAUGCAUUAAUCUUUAGUGAUUCCUUCUUCUCCACCUGUUUCAGAUAAGGCAAAGGAUUUCAUUAGAAAAUGUCUCUCUGUAGAUGAAAAUAAAAGACUAAGAGUUAAAGAUAUGGCUCAUCAUGAAAUAAUUGAAUAGAGAGUCUUAACACCAGUUGAAAGGGUUCCAGCUCGAAAACCAUUUGAAGAGAUAUCAAAUUUAAAUAUACCAACUGAAACUUCUUAGAUUUAAAAGUUUAAACGAUCUCAAAGUCAAGGGGUUAAAGAGGCUCCAAAUAAAGAAUAUAAGACUUAAUAAAUUGAAGAUAAGAAAAAAUAACAUGAGGCAAAAUAGAAAAAAUUAUAAGAACAAAUUUAGAGAUCAUCUAGUUAAUAAUAAGCACUUUAACCAUAAAAAAUUACUAAAACUAGUGCUUUUGAAGAAUAACCGCCUGUUUAGAAAUAAAAAACUAUUAGUUUAGAAUUUAAAUCAAAUAAUGAAGUUCUAUUUAGUUAAAUUAAUUUUUGUAGAUUCUUAUACAAAUUUUCAUAAAAUCUUGCUAGUUGCAAAAUAUUUUCAAUUGAAAUAAGAGAUAAAUUAUUAUUUUUAAUGGGUAAAAAUAUUGCCAUAAAAAUAAAUAAAUUGGCAACUAUUUUAGAUAAGGAAAAUAAAUAAGUUAAUAUCUUUUAAUUAGAUGAUUAUGAAGGAUAUAAAAAGAGUGAAUCUCAUAGUAAAUUUAGUUAAGCUAUCUCUGAAUAUAAUGAUAAAUAUAUGAGACAUUUUGAGAAGAUAUUGAAGCUUGCAUCUAAAAAUGGUAUAUUUUAUAUAUUUAUAUUUAAGAAUUCUAAAAAGAUUAAUUGAUAGGUUGUCUUUGUAAUAAUGAUAUUACAGAAAAUGAAUCUUUUUAUAAAAUUGCAUUACAAUACUUAAAACAAAGUAUAAAUGAAAUUAAAUAAAAUUUUAAGACUAUUUCAGGUCAAAAAGAUUAAUUAUUGCCUGAAGAAGUAAAAUAUUUUACUUAUAUAUUUUUAGCUUUAAAUGCCUUCAUUUAUUCUUUUUGGUCUUUAUGGAUACUAAUAAUUGAUUUCGAAAGCAUUAGAAAAUUGGUCAGACUAUAAAUAAUUUUAAAAAGCAUCCUCCCCUGAAUUAUUAAUAGAAAGAAAACCAGGAUAAAUGAAUUAUGGAUAAUUGGAAUAAUUACUUUGA